GCGGAUCGAUUUGAUUCUAGAAAUGGCAUCUGUUCGAGGAGUUGAGGAGUCGAAGGCGCCGGAAAAACAGAAGGCGCUCGAAGACGCGCUAUACUCAUCUCUCCACGGAGUCGACGACCCGGAACGGUUGAUUGAAGAUCGAAAUUGUUUAAAUCGAUAUCUUCGGGCUCGAGAAUGGAAUGUGAAGGAAGCAGGGAAAAUGCUUAAGUCAUCUAUCAGUUGGAGGCAAGAAACAAAGCCGAAAGACAUUGUAUGCCACACAUGUAAACAGCAGCAAGGAUACCAUUCAAUGCGUCAAGUUGGACAUGACCAGCUCGGGAGGCCUGUUUUCUACUCGAGCUUCACUCAAGCGACACAGAGAUCUGAGACGAAAGAAGCUGCAGUACAACACAUUGUUUAUCUCUUAGAACAGGCUUGUUCGGUGAUGGAGAAAGGGGCGGACUCUUGUGUCUGGGUGAUGGACUGCGAUGGAAUGUUCAUGUCCGCUUGCAACCCUCAAAUUGCUUAUGGCGUUAAUCAAGUCGUCUCCUAUCACUACCCCGAGAGACUCGGUCUCGUUCUUGCUCUAAAUUCAGGUAUGCUAAUGAGAGGUGCUUGGGCAGCUAUCAAGCCAUUCGUAGCUCCACAAACAGCAGCGAAGCUUUGUUUUCUUCCAAGUCCACUGACGUUAGAGAUGCUUAUCAGUGAGAAUAUGGGCGAAGAGCUGUCAACCUGGUUGUUGGAAGAAGUUAGGUUGAACUUAGAGAGACCAAUUAGAGAAAGCCAACGCCAAUUCUGGGAGGCUCCACCUAGUUUGACUGGUCACGACCCAAGAGGAUGCCGGAGUUAUGUUGAUCGUUUUCUUUUACCCUAUUAUCGUAAGUUGGAGAACAAUGAAGCGACUUUUCACCAUCCUCAUCCCAAUAUCGUUGAAAGCCUCAGAACACAUCAUUUCUUUUCUAUGCCAGUUGAAGCUGACUGAUGAUUGACAGAUUUACUGGAUCAUGCUGUCUCUUGUUGUCUCUUAUUUCUAUAUUUUGCUAUAUAUCUUGUUGACAGUUUGCUGCUGGUCGUGUGCAAUUCGUAGAUUAGACAUGCACACAUGCAGAAUGGUUUUGAGAGCUCUUGUUUAUAUUACUUUGUGCUAAUUAAUAUCUACAUUGCAAUGCUAUAUUUUAUUUAGAUUUUGAAGAUUAACAAGUUUCAUCUGUUAUAUUAGGAAAAGCCCGGGUGGAAUAUGAAUGUGGAAAUGGUAUAGAGUUAUCAUUCAAUUAUGUGAUUAGCAUACAAUUUGAAGUCCAAUGUGAAGAUAUAGAUAAUCUUCUAGCAACAAAGAGAUAUAACGGACCGUCUGU